UAAGCAAACCGGUGAGAUGGAACAAGAGCCACUGCAUAGGUUAUUCUCUCUUGAAGAGGUGGCGCGGAUCAGGCCAAGGAAACUAUUGUUCUCCUAUUCAGCUUAUAACGGAGAUAAGUAGUCAUCAAUAUUAUGAAGUAUCAGGAGACCCUCAUUGUACCUGUAUAGGAAGGAAACCAGGUCUGAGCCUUAUUCUGCACCCCAGCCUCACCAUUUGCCAGUGCUGCAGCUCUUUUACUCGUUGACAUGACUGUGCCUCCACUGCCUCCACUGGUCUCUUGAUGACAUGAGGGCUAGAAUCCAUUUAAAAGAAAGCCCAUGAUUUGGAGAUACUGGUACUCUCAAUUUAUCGCGGACCAUCAAGAGUCAGCCAGCAUGAUAGCUUUCUUGGCUUGAGAAGUAGCAUUUUCCUGGUAGAGAGUCACAGGAGGUGCACCAUGGACCUGGAAAAUGGACUGCCUAACACCACGGACUUUUGGAGCCCCUCCCCCUCCCAGCUUGACAGUUUCUCUCCAGAGACUCCUGCCACCAACACCUCUGCCAACAACACAAGCCACCACUAUGACUUGACCAGCAAUGCCGUCCUUACCUUCAUUUACUUUGUGGUGUGCAUUGUGGGCCUAUGUGGUAACACGCUGGUCAUCUAUGUCAUUCUCCGCUAUGCCAAGAUGAAGACCAUCACCAACAUAUACAUACUCAAUUUGGCCAUAGCAGACGAACUUUUCAUGUUGGGAUUGCCCUUCUUAGCUAUGCAGGUGGCUCUGGUCCACUGGCCCUUUGGGAAGGCCAUCUGCCGAAUUGUCAUGACAGUGGAUGGGAUCAAUCAGUUCACCAGCAUCUUCUGCCUCACGGUCAUGAGUGUGGACAGAUACCUUGCUGUAGUACAUCCCAUAAAAUCUGCUAAAUGGAGGCGGCCAAGAACAGCAAAGAUGGUCAAUGUAGCUGUCUGGGGCAUUUCCCUACUGGUCAUACUGCCAAUCAUGAUAUAUGCUGGAGUGAGCAAUAACCAUGGAAGCAGUAGCUGCACCAUGAUCUGGCCAGAUGAUUCUGGUGCUUGGUAUGCUGGCUUCAUCAUCUAUGCCUUUAUUCUGGGCUUUUUGGUGCCCCUUACCAUCAUCUGUCUUUGUUACCUGUUUAUCAUUAUCAAGGUCAAGUCCUCUGGUAUCAGGGUAGGCUCCUCCAAAAGAAAGAAGUCUGAAAAGAAAGUAACCAGGAUGGUCUCCAUUGUAGUUGCCGUUUUCAUUUUCUGUUGGCUGCCCUUCUACAUUUUUAAUGUCUCAUCAGUCUCUGUUUUGAUUGUGCCAACACCUGUCCUCAAGGGCAUGUUUGAUUUUGUAGUGGUUCUCACUUAUGCCAAUAGCUGUGCCAACCCUAUCCUUUAUGCCUUCUUAUCUGACAACUUCAAGAAAAGCUUCCAGAAUGUCCUUUGCCUAGUGAAGGUCAGUGGCAUGGACGAGACUGACAGGAGCGACAGCAAGCAGGAUAAGUCCAGGCUAAAUGAAGCUACAGAAACCCAGAGGACCUUACUUAAUGGAGACCUCCAGACGAGCAUCUGAAAGCUUUCUGCCGCGGCCCUUCCUGCUUCUUCAGAGAUGGCAACAACCCAUAUGAAGUCAGGUCAAGAGCCCUUGGCCCUUCUAUUAAGAGAAUAGUAAAUGGAUGGGAUGAAUUGGUUUAGGAAUUGACUCAGCAAAAGGCAGAUGGUGUUAAGGAUUUAAUCAAAUGGAGAAGUACAUCAUGGGGCAGUAGACAGGAAACACACAUAGGUUUGUAUGCAGUGGUACAUACAUGGUGUGUUCAGACAUUGGGAGAAUCUUUGUGGCAGAUCUAUUUCCAUCAGUCUGAUCUUAAAACAUAACAAAACAAAAACCCUUCACAGAACCUAUUUUCUACUUCAGAGUCUAGACUUUCAAGUGCUACAUCUCCAAUAUUUGAGGGUUGUUUUU